AUGGCGGAACGGGAAAAACGCUUAGAUGCGGUUCGGGCCUCAAUCGUCAAGCUUCAAUCUCAACAAUCCCAGCUGGAAAAGGAGAUCGCAGAGGACAAGGCUAAGCUGCGGGAUGAUCCUGCAAAGACAGUGAAACGACAUGUUCGUCUCUUACAUGAGUAUAAUGACAUCAAGGAUGCUGCGCAGGGCUUGAUGGGGUUAAUUGCAGAUUCCAAAGGGAUCAGAGUGGCGGAAGUUCAUGAGGAGUAUGGAGUUAAUGAGAAGGACUGA